CUAAGCUGCACUGUGUAGGCUUGAAAAGACAAGUUAUUGGCUGUAACUUCUAACCUGCACGCACGGAACAACAUGAUUCCCGCAAGGUUUCUCUGACAGCUUACAGUUCACAAGAGGAGAGCUGACUGUUUGGGCUCUGGAGAGAUUGGCGUGUACUGGACUGCAGACAUUUAUCAGCUGUUGACACACCAGGUACAAAGUCAAAAUGGCCCGUGGCCUCUUGAACUUGGUGUUUUUAUUGAGUAUAAGCGGCGGCCUUUGUCAAAGGGAUUGCACUGGUGUGGAUUGCCCUGAAUUGCACAACUGCAUCGAAGAAGUCUUGGACAGCGGAGCAUGUUGCGCUUCCUGCGUGCAAACGGGCUGCAUGUGCGAAGGGUACCAGUAUUAUGACUGCAUCAGCGCUGGCUUCAGAAAUGGCAAGGUUAAAGAAGGUGAGUCGUACUUCGUGGACUUUGGGAGUACUGAAUGCUCCUGUCCACAAGGAGGUGGACGGAUCAGCUGCCAUUUUAUUCCGUGCCCUGAGAUUCCGGCCAACUGCAUAGAAUUGUCGGAACCGGCGGACGGGUGCAUUCAGUGCGAACGAGUUGGAUGCAUUCACUCGGAGCAGAAGUAUGAAGCUGGACACACAUUCCAGAUUGACCCUUGCCAAGUAUGCCACUGCCCGAAAGAAGGUGGGAACCUAAUGUGCUAUCCGAUUCCAAACUGUGACCCGAGGCGUGCUUCAAAUCCCAUGCUAACCACAACACCUGAGGAAAGCACACCAGAGAGAGACUACAGAGACCCUUUACAACACAUUUUUAACCACCAAGGAUCUAGAGGUGAUAGCAAUCGUCCUUUUAAGCUGCGUAUGAGACACGCAGACGAGAAAGAAGAGGAUGAAGAAGACUAUGAUUAUCCACCUACUGAUUCCUUAGCCUCAUCGCUGCGUGAUUUUGAAGGUACUACGGAGUCAUCCAUCAUCUCGGUAUCUCGUUCAGGUAAUUUUACCCCCCGCCAGGGUGUGCAAAGGGGAGCCAAGCAAGAGCUGAGAGAGAGGUUUGGUAUUCAUAAGUCGACAACAGAUAGGCCGCAGUUUCCUUUCUACAAGGACAGUACUGAUAGAAUGAGAGGCAGUUUUCAUGAUGACAAACCAAAAAAUGAACUAUUCAGCCCUCUGAAAUAUAAAACAGACCGGGAACAAUUCAUCCUCCCUGUGGAAACGACAAACAGAGUGGGAUUCUCCACUCACAAAGAUACCACAGAGAUCCAGAGCUUUAGUCUUUAUAAAGACAACACCCAACAAGAGGGCUUAACAGAUGAUGAACAUUUCGAAUUUCCUACUGUUGGGGAUACAUAUACCUCACAGGAGGACACCACAUACAGCGAGAUGGUGACUGACUCUCCGUUGACUAUUGAGCAAACUACAUCUCCGCUUUGGGAAACCGCAACUUCAAUGCAGAAGGCUUGGGAAGGAGUAUCAGAUAGUCAAAUUGAUUCACUUCUCCCCAAUUACGUGGAAACAGAUGGCUCCAAACAUGAUGAAACUAUCACAAGAGAGUCUAGUAAGGAAAAAGCAGCUGUAUUGAAUGAAACUGCUAGCUUUGAUGGCAUUCAAUCAGCUGUUGGUAAUCAGAAUGAACAUAUCCUGAGCAGUCCAGGUCCCGUUAAGCAAAGUGCGACCACCUCUUCCGAAACUCUUUCAGAACAUGGAAAAUCUGAAGCAGAACUUAAAGAAGAACAUGAAAGGAUUUCAAUCGACCACAGAGAACCUUCUGUAGAUCACAAACAACAUCAUGGUGAACACACGAAACCCCUUGAGCACCAAAACCCUAGAGCAGAACAUGUGCAAACCUUGGGAGAGCACAACACAGAGCUUGAGAGGAAACAUCAGUGGCAGUUGUUCCCUCCAGUUAAGUUCAGUCCAACCAGUCCACCUUCAAACAAACUGUUUAACUACAGAGAGGAGGAGGAAGAGGCAGACAACACUCUCAGAACUCAUUCUGGGAUGGAAGAAGGAUUGGUGGAGAGCUGUUGUGUGGCCGGGCAGAAAUGGGCUGAGGAGAACCAGCACUGUGACCGUAUGCCCGUCAAAACAGAAGACCUCAGCUCUGUGUGUGGUGUUGUCCAGAAGCAGUGCUGUUCAGGUGCUCUGAGAGAGAGCAGGUGUCAGGCUGGCAUGAAUGCAGCAAAGGCCGGACAUGCCUGUGAGGGAAACAGCCCGCUCUGUGGAGAAGAUUCCCAAAUGGACUGCUGCAACUGCUGUGCACUGGGUCUGCGUUUACGGAAAGAAGUUAAAGGUUGUGAAGUCCAUGAGCAUCUGAGUUACCCAUGUAGACACGUCUUCCUCAAGUGCUGCGAGGAGGGCGAGGAAGGUCCUGCUCUGCCCACGAUCAAGAAAAAACAGAGACCUCAACCGACUCCUCUUCCUAAGAGAGUAUCAGACAGUCGGUUUUCGAAGCAAGCGCUGUCGGUCGGGGAUGUGGAUCCUGCAGCUAAUUCACUGGAGGAUUUGGAGCAUGAUGACAGGUGCCAGAGAUUUGCGCUGCUCUGCCAUCACACCUGCAUCAACACUCGUGACUCCUACCUGUGCGCCUGCCACCCUGGAUACACACUCCUGCAGGAUGCCCACACCUGUGUGCCAGAGAAGCAGGAAGAAGACAACAGGGUUAGUGAAGAAGACAAGCUGCUUACUGUAGCUCCAGCAAGACAAGAACCCACCACUCAACCCCCAGUCUUUCAUAACCCAUGUGCAGGUAAUGGGCCCUGCUCUCAGCAGUGUUCUGUGGUAAGAGGACUGGCCCAAUGUUCCUGUUUCCCAGGAUUCUCUCUGAUGGCAGACAUGCACACCUGUAAAGAUGUGAAUGAGUGCACGAGCGGCAGACACAAUUGCUCCCUGGACGAGGUGUGUGUGAACCGGGAGGGUUCCUACCAGUGUGUGCGGCUGAAUGAGAUGUGCGAUGAGGGCUUUAUUCACAACCAGAAUAGAGAUUGUGUGGAUGUGAACGAGUGUGUGACGAACACACACACCUGCCAGGCAGACGAGCGCUGCGUGAACACGGUAGGAGGGUUUGUGUGCGAGAGGCAGAUCCAAUGUUCGAGCGGUUACCAGCUGAGGAGUGGAGUGUGUGAAGACAUCGAUGAGUGUGUUAUGCGAACUCAUAACUGUGGAAUAGGCUUCCAAUGUCAGAAUACUGAUGGCUCGUUCACGUGUAACCUGAAGCAACGCUGCCUCACAGGAUUUACUCAAGACUCACACGGCAACUGCAUCGACAUUGAUGAAUGCAGCAGUGUGAGAGAACCAUGUACGACUGGCUUUAACUGCAUAAAUACUGUGGGCUCUUACACCUGUCAGCACAAGAUUAUCAUGUGCAGUCAGGGUUACCAUUCCAGCCCUGAUGGAGCACGAUGUAUUGAUGUGGAUGAAUGUCAGACGGGCACCCACCGCUGUGGAGAGGGACAAAUCUGUCACAACCUACCCGGCAGCUACCGCUGUGACUGCCAAACCGGCUACCAGUAUGACACCAUUCGCCAGCUCUGUGUGGAUGUAAAUGAGUGUUGGCGGUACCCAGGCCGCUUGUGUGCCCAGACCUGUGAUAACACACCGGGAUCCUACCAGUGCUCCUGUACCACGGGCUUCUCCCUGGCCUUUGAUGGCAAGAACUGUGAAGAUGUUAAUGAAUGUGACAACAAUCCAUGCAGUCAGGAGUGUGCAAACAUCUAUGGAUCUUACCAGUGUUACUGCCGAAUGGGCUACUACCUUAAAGAGGACGGGCACACGUGUGAAGAUAUAGACGAGUGCUCACAAAGCAUUGGAAACCUCUGUGCAUUCCAGUGUGUGAAUGUCCUUGGUAGCUACAAAUGUGCCUGCCCUCCCUAUGGUUACUCCAUGUCACCUAAUGGACGCACCUGUCAAGAUAUUGAUGAAUGUGCCAUUGGAUCGCACAAUUGCUCUUCCUCCCAGACCUGUUUCAACAUCCAGGGAGGCUUUCGUUGCCUGUCAUUUGCAUGUCCAGACAACUACAGGAGAGUGUCGGACACACGCUGCGAGCGAAUGAGUUGCCCCAACUUCCAGCAAUGCCAGACUAUGCCAUUACGCAUCACAUACUACCAACUGAGCUUCCAGACCAACAUCAUCAUCCCAGCACAGAUCUUCCGCAUCGGACCCUCCCCUGCCUACUCGGGCGACAACAUUAUUAUCAGCAUCCCUCGCGGAAACGAGGAAGGCUACUUCAGCACGCGGAAGCUCAACAGCUUCACGGGCGCCGUGUACCUGAACCGGCAGGUGCGGGAGCCACGGGACUUCCUCAUCGACGUGGAAAUGAAGCUGCUCCGUCAAGGAACCUUCACAACUUUCCUGGCCCGCAUCUACGUGUUCAUCACAACAAACUCCAUGUGAUGUUAGCACUCGUCUAGUGACGCCUUUGAUUUCGCAUGGUGCUAAACUCAAGCUUCAAGCCUCUGCCUUGAAAUUGUUUGUCAUCUGGCAGAUCUUUAGGCUUCUGUUUGCCUAACGGAUUUUGCUUUGAGAGACUUUGAUGGGAUUCUCCCACUGGGAUCCAACCGCUUGUUUUGAGUAGAGUGAGAACAAACAGUACAUAAAGAGACUGAUGGAAACAUUUGGCUUUUGAAAGUCCUAGUUUUUCCUCUUCAAAGUAUUGAAAGUACUCUACACCGAAUGCUAUUUAUACUGUACCAAUUUAUCUUGAUUGCCUUAAACUGCUUUUUAUAGCACUUCAUUAGUUUUCUAACAACACAAUGUUUCUCCAUGGGGGUUGGCAGAAUAGAGCUGAGGUAGAGUUACACAUUUGUAAUGGCUGUCACAAUUCCUCCGUAGGCCAUUCAAGUUCUAUGCCAAUUAAACGACUAAUAAUUUCACAGCUCAGUCAAAACAACUGAUAACCGUAUUUGAAAACUUAUCCGUGAUAAUUCACAUCAGUAUAGGCCUGCCUCAGUUCAGAACCCACCAGUCUGCGAAAGAUAACAUUGUGUGAUCAUGUCUGUAAUCAUUGUUAAACACUAGCAAUUAAAAAGGUGUAUGAUUGUUGUUAUUAUUUCAAAUGUUAGUUUCUAAUGCGCUCGCUUCAUAGCUCUUGGUGCUAAUUUACCGUUUUGGAAAGGUUUGACACGCAUACAUGAAGAGUGUGUGAGCUCCAAAGCAGCACUGAGAAUGUUUCAUUGUUAUACAUCAUUUUGUAUGUCUUUACUUUUGUAAUACUGUACCUGUUUUGAUCUAUUACUGUCUUGAAAAUUCAUCUCAGGGUAAAAGCAUAAAAUCAUCUUGAUAAACGUUCAUGCACAGCAUAUCUGAAAUUAUAACAAAAUUAAGAAACAUUCGGUAUCAUAAAAGUGUUUCAUGCUCGUUCAAUUCAUGGAAACAACCACAUGCAUCAGUAUAUUAAUGCAAUGCAUAUUAUCUGUCUUAGUGGGUUUGAUUCUUCAAUAAAGCAACACCAAUCUUUUAAUUAGUA